AUGAUAUAACAGAAAAACUAUAACAAUCUAGAAGAUUUUUUAAACUCUUCGCUAUAAUCUCACUCAGUUCUCAAUAUUAAUUUAAAUUAGAAUAAAAUUUGUGAUGAAGCUAUAUCAGGCUUGUGUUCUGCUUUAGUUAAAUGCCUUAAUCUCUCAAAUUUGACACUUAAUCUUGAGUGGAAUUAAAUAAGUGCUAUAGGUGCAUCAAUAUUAGGUUCUGCUUUAGCAAGCUGCACUAAUCUCUCAAAUCUAAGACUUAAUCUCUAUACCAAUAAAUUAGGAGAUAAAGGUUCAGUAGAUUUAGUUUCUGCUUUAGCAAAAUGCCAAAAUCUCUUAAAUUUGACACUUGAUAUUGGUGGAAAUCAAAUUAGCACGUUUGGUGCUUCGGGCAUAGGCUCUGCUUUAGAAAUAUACCCUAAUCUCUCAAAUUUGGCACUUUAUCUCUAGUGGAGUUAAAUUGGUGAAAUUGGUGCAAAAGAAUUAGGUUCUUCUUUAGCAAAAUGCUCUAAUCUCUCAAAUUUAACACUUAAUUUAGGUGAAAAUUAUAUUGGGAAUGAAGGUGUAUCUGGCUUAGGUUCUUCUUUAGCAAAAUGCACCAAACUCUCAAAUUUGACACUUAAUCUCUAGUAAAAACAAUUUAUUUGCUUUUUAUUUUGA